AUGGCGAUGUUUUGGAGUCGGAAUUUUAGUCGGCCACUGCAGCUGAAGCUGGUAUUCGCCAAAGCAGCCGAUGGAGGUCGGUGCAAUGUCGAGAAGUUCAAGAAGCUUCUCGUUUUUGGUUUGGCCCCCCACCUGGCGGAGCGUUUGUUCUGCCUGUUCUCUGGAGGUAAGGAUCAUCUGACCCAGGACGAAUUCGAGGCCGCCGUCACAAGAUACGGCAAUCUCUCCCCGCAAGAAAAUGUUGACUUCGUUUUCGAGCUCUACGAUACGCACCAGAGCAAGCUUCUGACCAAAGACGCGAUUGUGCAGCUGCUGAAGAUUUCCUGCGACCUGCACUCGAUCGAUUCAAGCGACAAGAAGCUUGAGAAUUGGGCGAAGCUCAUUUUGGGCGAAAGAGACGGCCUCACAGCGAUCGAUUUCAAGGAGUUGAUUGAGUCUGACAAACACUUCAACCUGAAAAUCAAUGUUUUUGAUUGGUUCGUGAAACCAGAGCAGCCACAAGAGGUUGACCGCGGAAUUCUCCUACUCAAGACAUCCUACUACAGACGGAACAUCAAAACCGUCAUCCCUGUGUUCGCAUUCGCCGCGAUAAUGCUCGCUCUCGGGAUCGAACGGUUCUUCUCCGAAACUCGUCUGCACUCCUCGGCUCGCGCAACGAACUCCUCGCAAUCGGUGGGAAGAUGUCGGAUCGAGAACGGGCUCCUCCAGCUGCACUCCGAGUGGGAAUUAUGGGCGAAGAUUUUCGGAAAGCUUCUCAACUUCGUCUCGAUGAUGAUGUUGGUUCUAGUGCUCCGGAAUCUCAUCACCCUAUCGCGAAAACUCGGCUUGAGCCGACUUCUGCCCCUCGACAACAACAUCUAUUUCCAUGAAAUGAUCGGCUACAUAAUCACUCUGUGCUCGAUAGCCCACACGGUUUGUCACGCCAUAAAUGUGAUAAACCUAUCCGUCGAAUGGAGCGAUGUCUGGUGUAUUUUGUUCACGAAUAACUUCGACGGCACUGGACUGGUGAGAGGGGCUCCGAUCGUCACCGGCUGGAUACUGCUCGCUGUGCUUGCGUUCCUGGUGGUUUUCUCUGUUCCCGCGAUCCGGCGCAACGGGCAUUUCGAGCUGUUCUUCAACACGCACAGACUCUACGUCGUCUACUUCAUUGUUCUGGUCUUGCACGCGCCCAAGUUCUGGCACUGGUUGCUGAUCCCUGGCUCGCUCUUCGUUCUGGAUUCCAUCGUGAAGAUCACGGGGUUCUUCCGAAAGCUCGGCCGUACCCAUGUGAGCCGAGCAGAAUUGUUCAAAGGCGACACCGUGGCCUUGACGAUUGCCAAACCGGGAGGCUUCCGUUUUCGUUGCGGUGAUUAUAUCUAUCUGAAUAUUCCCCAGAUCUCGAAGUACGAGUGGCACGCUUUCACCAUCAGCAGUGCACCGGAAGUCGACGACCUCACUGUGCACAUCCGUGUGGCCGGGGAAUGGACACGACAUCUGUAUGAGACGAUCGACGUGGCCUAUAAGAAAAAGCUUCGCGAAAGGAGGCUAUGCGAGACUCCGCGUCCGUCACAGUCGACCAGGUCGCCAAUACGAAGGAGACACACGGUCCUCUUCUCGGACACACGCAGCUUCGACGCGUCGCACGCCGGUCCGCAAGUGGCCUUCAGCAUCGCUUCGAACGGGGUUCGCUUGAGAGGCGGCGGAGAAAGCUUGAAAAGACGUUUAUCCAAAAUGAUCUCCCGCGGAGACCCUCUGAUGAUGAAGUAUGGACGCAGAGACUCUCGAGGACCAUGGGACGAAGCCUCGAGGAAAUCCCAAGUCCCGGAUGAGUCCGAGAUGGUCGUGGACGACAAAAUAAGGGUUUGGAUCGACGGGCCCUACGGAGCUCCGUCGAGUGACUUUCUGCAGUCUCCUCAUCCCGUUCUGGUGGCGACAGGAAUCGGUGUCACCCCAUUCUUCUCAAUCGUCCAAAGUAUAAUUCAUCGAUGCCUAGACGUGAAGACUGAGUGCACGGAGUGCGGUCAUGUUUUCAUCGCGUCUUGUCCGGAAUCUUUGGGAUCCUUGAAGCGCGUCGACUUCGUUUGGAUCGUGCGAGAUUUCACGUGGGUCGCCUGGUUCAAGACUGCACUCAAGGAUCUCAUGCAGAAUCAGAAUCGGUUCGGAGACGUUCUGAAAGAUUUGAUCAGGAUCAAAAUCUACGUCACUUCGGUAGAUGAAAGGGUCACCGUGAAUAACCUGCUACUGAAGAUCGCCUUGGAGAAAGAGAACGCAAGCAAGAAUUCGAGAUUGCACAAGCUUCGCAGCAACAUCGAGCUCGGACGCCCGGCCUGGGAUCAGAUUCUCAGCCAAGUCAGAGGAGAGCACGCAGAUGCUACCGUUUUCUUCUGCGGUUCUGCGAAACUUUCGAAAGAACUUCGCGCCAAGUGCCUGAAAAACGAGCUCGAAUUCAGAGAGGAGGUUUUCUGA